AUGAUCUGGCCGAGCUGUGUAGAUGGACAUAUUGUUCCUGGUGGGUCUGGGAGUUGGACUGUGAGACGGUGCGGCCUGUGUGUGUGUGCAGAGCCUCCGCGGUCGCUGCGGCUGACGGUGGACGGGGAGCCGUGGAACGGCACGGAGCCGUGGCUGCAGCUGGAGGAGGGCGCGCGGCUGCGGCUGGGCUGCGAGCCGGAGGGCGGCGUGCCGGCGCCGCAGCUCACCUGGUGGCUGACGCCGGCGCCGCCGCCGGACCCCGAGGAGACGCCCCGGGGCGCCGUGCCGCUGAGCUCGGCGGCCGGCGGCGGCGCGCGCGUCGCCCUGCUCGACGCCGUGGGCCGGCAGCACCACAACGCCACCGUCUCCUGCCUCGCGCGCCACCAGGCGCUGCGCCGACCGUUGCGCGCCGACCUCACGCUGCACGUGCGCUACAGCCCGUCGUUCGCCAUCAGCCGGCUGCCCGACUUCGGGUUUCCUCUCCGCGAGGGCAUGGCCGUCUCGCUCAAGUGCGACGUGGACGCCAACCCUCCUUCAUCGCCCAAGUGGCUCAGAGACGGCGAGGAGCCGCCGGUGGCGCAGACUGGCGACGGCUUCCUGAACUUCAGUUACGUCCGGCGGGAGCACAGCGGCUGGUACAAGUGCACUAGCCGCGGCGCCAGCUCCAUCGGAUACUUCCUCAACGUCAGAGCGUCGGACCCAGCAGAGGAGGAUUCGCUGGGCGGCUCGACGCCGGCCCCGGGCAGUGCUGGCGGCGUGGCGCCGUCGCGGGGGUCGCUGGAGCGCCAGCUGGAGGUGCCCCUGGGCAGUACGGUGACGCUGCAGUGCCCGGGCGGCGGCGCCUCCUGCUGGAGCCGCCUGGGCAGCCCUCCAGAGCCUGUGGGCGCGGGGCCGGACCUCACCAUCGAGCGCGUGCUGUACCAGGAGGCGGGCGCCUACCGCUGCGAGCCCGCCUUGCACGACGCCAGUCACCUCACCGUCAACCUGUCCGUCAGGGGUGUGCCGGUGGUGUACCCGCCGUGGCGUAACGUGACAGCACCGGCCGGUCUGCCCGUGACGCUGGACGUGGAGUUCUGCGCCAACCCGGCCGCCGACCGCGCCCUCUGGCUGCUGCGCGGCGCCCUCCUCAGGCCGGGGGAGGCGGCACCCGGCGUCGUCGCACACAACGUCACGGAGGCCAAUUCGCCGCACUGCCAGUAUGCGUCGCUGACGCUGACGUCGGCGCAACCGGAGGACGCGGGCGAGUAUGUGUUCCUGGUGCGGUCGCCGCGCGGGCUGGCGGAGGGUGCCUUCUCGCUGCAGGUGACGCCCUCCGCGGCCGCCGCCCCCGCACCCGCCCCCACACCCUCGCCCGGCCUCAUCGCCUGCUGCGCCCUCUGGCUGGUUCCGGCGCUGGCCGCGGCGUUUCGACGACUCUCCUAA